GUAACGGGGCGGGGGGGCUCACAGGGGAUCCCCCAUUCCCGCUGUUCCCCUCAUGGAUCUCCCCGUGCUCGGCCCGGGGGCUCCUCCGAGAGACCCCGGCGGGGUUUGGGGGGGCGACCCCGAAUAUCCGUGUGGGGGUAAGCAUCACCCCCCAGCCCACACACUUCCCCCUCAGCAGGGUCCCCGAGCCGCUGCCGGCCCCUCAGCCCGCGCGGUGCCGGGGUCCCGGAGCGGGGCAGCGGGCGGGUGUCUGAGGGCGCUGCGCCUCCCUCACGUCCCUCCCUCAGGGCGAGCCAGCCGCAGCCCUGCCCCGCCCGGACAGGUCGGGCCGGUCGCGGGCCCGCGGCAGCGCCAUGGCCGAGCCUCCCCACAGCCUCCGCGCUGCGGAGCCUCCCGGGCCGCUCCCCGGGCUCGGCACCGGGCUGGAGCGGCUCCGGGCCGCGCUGCGGCGCUGGGCCCGCCGGCUCUGCCUCUCCGGGCUGCUGCUGCUCUGGGCGGGCUGGCCGCGCUGCCUCACGCCCCCCCUGCCCUACAGGCUGCUCUUCGGGAUGCUCUACCCGGCCUACGCCUCCUACAAGGCCGUGAAGACGAAAAACAUCCGGGAAUACGUCCGCUGGAUGAUGUACUGGAUCGUCUUCGCUCUCUUCAUGGCCACAGAGACCUUCACCGACCUCCUCAUCUCCUGGCUCCCCUUCUACUAUGAGAUGAAGAUGGCUUUUGUCAUCUGGCUGCUGUCGCCGUACACGCGGGGGGCCAGCCUGCUGUACCGCCGCUUCGUGCACCCCACGCUGGCCCGCAGGGAGAAGGACAUCGACGCGUUCCUGGUGCGGGCCCGCGAGCGCGGCUACGAGACUGCGCUGCGCUUCGGCAAGAGGGGCCUCAACCUGGCGGCCACCGCCGCCGUGCAGGCAGCCACCAAGAGCCAGGGCGCGCUGGCCGGGCGGCUCCGCAGCUUCAGCAUGCAGGACCUGCGCUCCCUGCCCGAGCAGGCCCCCGUGCACUUCCAGGACCCGCUGUACCUGGAGGAGCAGGAGAGCCUCCAGCAGCCCCUGGCCUACGGCGCCGGCCUCCACUACGAGAGCGAGUCGGACGAUGAGGAGCUGUGGUCGGACUCGCAGGUGUCCCCCUCGGUGUCCCCACGCCGGGAUCACAGACCCCUGUCCCGCAGCCAGAGCCUGAGAACCCUGAGGAAGAACCCAGGAAAAGAGGUGACGUGGGAGGGGACAUACGGUGGCGGGCUGGGGCUGUGUCAGGGGGUGCUGACUGUCCUUGUCCCUGUCCCUGCCCAGGGCUCUUCGCGGCUCCUGCGCAGCCGGGCCAGGAGGAGAGCAGCUGUGUCAGAGCAGGACAGCUGAAAAUGCCAGGAAACCUCUGCCAGGAGGCUGCAGAGGAAUUUGCUGCUGCGGCAUCAGGAGGAAGCUGUGGCUCCUUGUGGCUCCUGGUGUCCCCAGGGUGGCUCCUUGCGUCCCCUGGGGAGGCUCCUGCACCCCUGGGGAUCCUCACACUGUAAAUCCCUUCCGUGUGGCCCCUCGAGGAGGGGGGAGCAGCUCAUCCCCCCCCCUCCCAGACCCCCCAGCUCGGUGCUGGCGCCUCUCCUGUGGGGUCUGGCCCCUCCUUUUCCCCCAUGCCAUGAACACUACAGGCUUCCCCCCUCUCCUGCUGCCAUGGUGCCUUGUUCACAACAUUCCCGUUCCCCUGGGAGCCAGGAGUGGAUGUGCCUUGUCCCUCUGAAGCCAAAGCCAUGGCCCCUGCCUGGGGCCCCCCCAGACACAGACUGACACCCCCAUACUUGAGCCCAGAGCACUGGGCAGCACACUUUUAACAUUCCCCUCUCCCAAAAAGAGGGUUUUGUACCUGGAAAAAUAAAUGUUUGUUGCAGA